AUGUCCCGUUUUCUAGCGUCGAAAUUCGCCAAGACGGCCCUUGCAACGUCGGCCGUUAUUGGUGGUUCUGUUGUGUACGUGGACUACAUCAAACCACCCGCAGUGCCUGAGUUGGUCACUUCGUACAAACCUUUAAGAAAAGAUUUGCCUGCUCCUCCAAAGAGAGAAGAGCUCGUUUCUCGGUUGGAAACCACCCCCAAAUUCGAUGUUCUUGUGAUUGGAGGUGGUGCCGUGGGAACUGGUACCGCGUUGGAUGCUGCUACAAGAGGCCUCAAUGUUUGUUUGUUGGAAAAAACCGAUUUUUCUUCGGGUACUUCUUCAAAAUCUACAAAAAUGGCCCAUGGUGGUGUCAGAUAUUUGGAAAAAGCCAUUUUCCAGCUCUCUAAAGCCCAGUUGGACUUGGUUAUCGAGGCGCUUAACGAAAGAGCAAACAUGUUGCGCACGGCUCCUCACUUGUGUUCCGUUUUGCCCAUCAUGAUCCCCGUCUACAAGUGGUGGAAAGUGCCUUAUUUCUUCAUGGGUUGCAAAAUGUACGAUUGGUUUGCCGGUCACCAGAACUUGCGGUCGUCCACUGUUUUCUCCAGAGAAAUGACCGCUGCCAUUGCUCCUAUGAUCGACGAUUCCAACUUGAAAGCUGCAUGUGUGUACCACGACGGAACUUUCAACGAUGCCCGUAUGAAUGCUACUUUGGCCAUCACUGCCGUCGAGCAUGGUGCCACCGUUCUCAACUACUUUGACGUGGUCCAGCUCGUGAAAAAUGAAGGCAAAAUCGAAGGUGUGCGUGCUGUCGACAGAGAAACCGGUAAAGAGCAUCUCAUCAAGGCUACUGCUGUGGUGAAUGCCACCGGUCCUAUGGCUGACAAGAUUUUGGAAAUGGACGAAGAUCCUCAGGGCUUGCCUCCAAAGAUCCCACAACCACCAAGAAUGGUUGUUCCUUCGUCUGGUGUCCAUGUCGUUCUUCCUGAAUACUACUGUCCAAGAGAUAUGGGAAUGUUAGACCCAUCCACCUCCGAUGGUAGAGUCAUGUUCUUUUUGCCAUGGCAAGGAAAGGUCUUGGCUGGUACUACCGACACCCCAUUGAAGUCCGUUUCCGAAAACCCAGUCCCAUCCGAAGAAGAAAUUCAAGAUAUCUUGAACGAAUUGUCCAAGUACAUUGUUUUCCCUGUGCAUAGAGAAGAUGUGUUGUCUGCUUGGUCUGGUAUCAGACCAUUGGUUCGUGACCCUUCCACUGUCCCCAAGGGUCAAGACCCCACCACCGCUUCUACCCAAGGCCUUGUUCGUUCCCAUUUAAUCACCCAGUCUGAAACAGGAUUGGUGACGAUUUCUGGAGGAAAAUGGACCACUUACCGUGAAAUGGCUGAAGAAACCGUUACUACAUUGAUCAAAAAGUUUAACUUUGACGGAAAGAACUUGAAGCCAUGCCAAACUAAUGAGAUCAUCUUGGCUGGUGGUGAGGAUUAUUCCAAGAACUAUUCUGCUAGAUUGAUCCACGAGUACAGAAUUCCUUUGAAGUUGGCCAAGCACUUGUCUCAUAACUACGGUUCCAGAUCGUCGUUGAUUUUGGAGUUGUACCAGGAGUCCGAUUUCAACAAGCUUCCAAUCACCUUGGCUGCCACCAAGCACUUUGAGCCAUCGGAAGUUGUCAACUCUGAGGGAAACAACUUGUCUUACCAAUCUUUCGAUGAGCCUUUCACCAUUGCCGAAUUGAAGUAUUCGCUUAAAUACGAGUACAUCAGAACUCCUGUUGAUUUCUUGGCCAGAAGAACCAGAUUGGCUUUCUUGAAUGCCAGAGAAGCAUUGACUGCUGUUGAUGGAGUGGUUAGUAUCAUGAGCAAGGAACUCGGAUGGGACGAUGCCACAUCCAAGAUAAUGGCCAAGGAUGCCAAAGAUUACAUUGGAAAGAUGGGUAUUUCCUCAAAGGAGUUUGAUGUUGCUGACUUUGUAAUUCAAUAA